UGGUACCCUAGUCUCGAAGCGUCCAUCUCCGAUCAGCAACGGCUCAACUGGACCGCGCACGCACUACGUUCUCUGCUUUUCAGCUGUGCAAGCCUGGCCAUGUCGCGGCAUGCCACGCUGCCAGCUGGCGCCGUGAACGCGCAAGGCAAUUCCUCAUCACAGAGUUCGCCAACGACACACUUGCUCAUCAGCGCCGUUUCGAGCAUUCCUGCCUCUUCUCUUCCUCGCCUGCAGGUCGAAUUGACCCGAGCUUCAGGCUCCCGAGCUCCGUCCGCAUUCAAGCAAACAGAAAUCAUCUGCACUAGGUCAGACGAUCAGGCCAGGAGGGAAGUAGAGGAGGAAGAUGGGCGGUGGGGACAAACCAGAAGGGCUCGAAAAGAGGUCAAACUUAGAGUGCUUUGCGAGAAGGGCAAUGUCACCUUGAUGCUGCCUUCGCCCGCGCCUCCUGUGCGCAAGCCGCAGGCAGCUGGCCAGACAGAGAGUCCUGCUACCGUUCGUCCCAUCGUGGUAUUAGACAUGCUCCUGCCAACAUCAGAGGAGAACGAUCACGAUGAUGACAGCGCUAGCGAGGCUGGCUUCUCUGAGGCGAGCGACGAUCGUCGUCAGAGCGAAGCGGACUGGGAAACUGCCGUCAGUAGCUUGGGCUGGAGCCCUGAAAGGGAAAUCAGGCGGACGGGAAUCCGAUUUCUGCUGCGAGAACAGCCCCUCUCCUCCGGCUGGGGCGCCAGUUUCGAAGUUCUUGUGUAUCGUGUGAGCUGGCAAUCCUGAUAUUGCACCCCUGUCCGAUGACGUGUCCUCUUACAGCAUCUCGGCGCGCAUCAUACACCCUCUUUUCGCAGACUCGAGGGCCACUGGGAGCGAUGGUCAAGUUGGCACUGAUUCAGCUACGCGCGAGCUCGACAAAUUGCAAGAGCGCCUGAAAGGCAUUUGCAGCUUCGAGAGAGACACGGAUUCUGGGUAACGCCGUCAGUCUGAGUCACAUCCUGCUCUCACUCUAAACCACCAUCGGCCUCAGUCAGAGCUUGCUCCCACCCUGGACCGUUUCUUUGUGUUCGACGACACCUCGUCGCCCGCAUCCUUUGGGCAAGACGA